AUGUUGGCUAGCAACGUAGCCGCCGCCACAACAGAAGAGACGCUUAGCAAUGACAGAAACACGCUUGUGAAUAAGAGCGGUUUAAAUGGGUCUGAUUUAGAAAUCCAAUUUCCUAGUGGAUCAAAGUACAUAGGGUCAUUUCGCGAUGGUCAGAUGAACGGUUACGGAAAAUACUACUACUUCCCCAGUGGUGACAUUUACGAGGGUGAUUGGGAAGCUGAUAUGAAACACGGGCAUGGUACGUACACUUACGCAUGUGGUGAUAAAUAUAUAGGAGAGUGGUAUAUGGGAAGGAAACACUACCGUGGAACGUAUCUAUUUGCCAACGGUGAUAAGUACGCGGGCUUUUGGAAGAAAGAUAAAAUAGACGGAUAUGGUAUUUUUGCGAUCCAGAGUAGUGGCAACCGAUAUGAGGGCUUCUGGAAGGAAGCUUACCGCCAUGGUCACGGUGUGCUAUACCACGGAAAUGGAGAUGUGCACGAUGGGGAGUGGGUUCGAGGAAAGGAGGAGGGGCUCGGGAUUUUUAUACAGGUUAAUGGCAACGUCUACUGUGGUGAUUGGAGGGAUGGCGAAAUGGACGGAAGGGGUAUUCUCAGGGAUGACCGUAUCCUUUAUGCAGUUGAGUAUGUGGGCGGCUACGCCGUUUCACGGGUUCCGAUAGCGGAAGGCACGAGUCCAGCGAUUGGAUGGUCAAGAGCGUAUGACCACUACGUGACCUAUAUGGGAAAACAAGAACAGUACGGUGACAUAUUUGCGCGCGAAGCGGAGGAGCUGCGAUGCGCUCUGGAGAAGUUAAAGGUGGAGAGUGCUUUCUGGCGGAAACGCUAUGAAGACCUCCUUAGUGAAACUUCAAAGGAAAAGAACAUCAUGUCGGGUGAUGCCAACAAAGAAGAAAAACCUCGGGAUUUAUGCAGUAGCCGGAGGAAUUCCGGGGAGAGCUCUGAUUCAACCCAAUGCUUACUGAAGAAGUCGGACAGUGAUAAUGAUGAUGAUGGUGAUGGACUCACGACAUCACUUCUGAUUAUAGCCAAUGAUGUACUGCGUCGUCGAACUGCAGCACAUGACGGAGAAAAUAACGGCAUUUCACGAAAACAGACUGAUGCCAAUGGUGUCGAGCUCAAUGGGGAACCUGGUACAAAUCAUGCAAAUAGGGAGGCUCCAUCGUCCGAUGUGGUGCCGUGCGAGCUCGUUACCUUACGUCAGCAUAACCUUGAGUUAAUGCGAAAGAACAGCCAACUCGAGGAACAGAGAACGGCUAUAGCAUCGGAAAAGGAAAAUAUGGCAAAAAUGCUUGCUUCUUGUCAAGUCAGGCUAAAGGAGCUUGAAAAAGACCAUAUCGCAGUUAUAGCAUUAGAGCAAGCGGCAUCUAGGGAUGCUAUGAUGCUCCGUGACCGCGUACAAGAGUUGGAGGAGGCACUGGUCGGAAAAGAAAAACAUAGUAAUGAAGAUACUGACAAACAUCAUCAAUGCUCGAGUGUUGGCUCCAUUGAAGAGAAACUUGAGGAGGCUAAUAGAGCGAAUGCUGAGCUGCAGCUGCGAUGUGAUGCUCUAGAGAAGGGAAUGAAAAAACACUGUGAAAAAUAUCAAGCUCUUCUGAAUCAGCUGAAUAAAAGCAGUGAUGUCGAGGCUGUAGUAAAUCUCCGAAUGGAUGUUAAGAGACUCGAAGGAAAGCUCAACACUACCGAAGAAAACCUGCGGAAGCAGAAGGUUGAACUUGACUACCGCAACAGUCGUUGCAUGGAACUAGAGUCAUCGCUUCUUACUAUGGCGCAGCAAAAGACUGCUGACCCGAAGAUCUUACACUCUUUAGCUCGGAAAAUGGAUCACCUGCAUGCGCUACAAGAGACAAACGCUGAAUUAUCCCGUUUGCUUGAAGAGACCAAGGUUGAACUAGAGGAGUGUAUGAAAGGGACUAGGGUUGCACAGCAAAAGAGACGUUCUGUCGAACGAGCUGAGGCAGACCUUGAAGCUGAGCUUAAGCAACUGCGACAAGACGUAAAGAAGGAACAGAAGAGGCACAAGAAAAUGCUAGUGGAUCGGGAGGGUCUCGCGGUGGAGCUCUACGAGGAGCAGGUGCAACACGCACGGGCUGAACGUGCCAUGCAAACUCUACAUGGAUGUUUCACAACAACUGUUCGGGUACACAGCCACGUCGAAGACUCUGAAAAAUAUGGCGUACGCAUUAACGACAUGGACUACUCGCAGGUGCUUCUGAAGGAUGAUGGUGGGACCCAGACGUUUCAGUUCGAUGUGUGCUUUGAUGACACAACACCAUGGGAUGCUAUAUUCAACGAGGUGCGUCGCCCUAUAGCGACCGUUUCGAUGGGAUUCCAUGUGGCGUAUGUGACUGUUGGCGCCAUUAACACCGGAAAGACAACAAUGUUCGACGGACUUCUUCCACUCUUCGUCAACUACCUGCGUGAGCAGUGCCGUCGAUAUUCAUCGGAAAAAUAUACAGUGACAUAUAAGGUGGCUUCUAUUGAGGUCGGUGCGUCUGGGGCGGUUGACUGUGAGACAGGCUCUGCGGUGACUGAGGUUCAACGCGAUGCCCACGGUUUUUCCGUUCCAUCAGGUGUGACUUUCUUGGAGACAAUGGAGGCUGAUAUCCUGCCUACCCUGGAGAAGAUGCGAAAGCGACAGCAGCAGAAUCACCGCUCUCACUUGUGGUUUCAAAUUCAAUGCGCCAUAACUCACAGGGUACGGCAUACAUUCACUGUAGGACGAAUGACGCUUGUCGAUCUGUGCGGUCCGGGGCCCCUCCUUGUUCAGCAAGACGAUGUGGAAAGCGCUCGCUUUGCAAACCGAUCCUUUGGUCAUCUCUUAGCGGUACUGGGAGGUCUUCAGGAUCAGCAGGGGGUGGUGCCGUAUACGAGGUCAAUUGAGACCACUUUGCUCUCGGAUGUGUUUGGGGGAAAUGCACUGACAACGGUUCUUGGCGCCAUUUCGUCUGCAGAAGAAGACAUUGGCGAGAGUCGCCAAACGCUGAGAGCAUUGUCCUUGGCAUCCAAAGUCGUCAAUGGUCCCGUGCUGCCAUACUUUGUCAGCAGCGAUGAACUCCGGUGGAAGGAGACGAUUGCUUCGACAUGUUCUGCGGAAAUGGCACUACCCAUGCUUGUGGACGUGGACGGACUACGGGAGCUGUAA